GAUCUUACAUUCAGAGGGACGCUGUCAAGCAUGGCCACUUUACCCGCAGCUGACAGAAGGGCAUUUGCCCUGAAAAUCAACAGGCAUUCAUCAGCAGAAAUAAGGAAGCAAUUUACCCUCCAACCGAGCGUUGGACAGUUUUGUCAACGAAGUAUAAGCGCCUCUGGCUCUAUUCAGCUGCCUCUGUUUUAUGACGCAGUGGAGCCAGUGGAUUUUGAAGGUUUCCUGAUGACACAGCUGAACAACUUAGACUCAGAAGCCGUGCAAGAACUUGGUGACUUUCCUGAAGAUGAUUUGGACAUUGUCUUUACUCCAAAAGAAUGCAGGACUUUGCAGCCUUCCUUGCCUGAAGAAGGUGUUGAAUUGGAUCCACAUGUCAGGGAUUGUGUUCAGACAUAUAUUCGGGAGUGGCUGAUUGUGAAUCGAAAAAACCAGGGAAAUUCAGAAACUUGCACCUUUAAAAAAAAGGGAUCCCGAAGAGAUUUUCAUAAGACCCUUCAAAAACAAACGUUCGAAUCAGAAACAUUGGAUUGCAACGAUGCCAGCUAUCAGGAAGCUCCCAGGCCCUUAAAUGUACUCUGUGAUGAGACCGGACGAACCACCCUCACAUCGUAUGACUUUAAUCUACGCAGCCUGCAGCCUGACCCACGGCUGGAAAAUCUGCUGCAGCAUGUUAGUGUGGAGGACUUUGAAAGGCAGAACGAAGAAGCACGGCGAGCCAAUAGGCAUGCAGAGCUCUUUGCCCUCUACCCAGCCAUGGACGAGGAGGAUGCGGUGGAGAUACGACCAGUUCCAGACUGCCCAAAGGAACAUCUGGGCAACAGGAUUUUGGUGAAGCUGCAGACACUGAAAUUUGAUAUAGAAAUAGAACCAUUGUUUGCAUGCAUAGCCCUCUAUGAUGUAAAAGAAAGGAAAAAGAUCUCUGAAAAUUUUCAUUGUGACCUGAAUUCAGAACAGUUCAAAGGAUUCUUACGAUCUCACACCCCCUGCAUUGACUCAUCUAGUCAGGCAAGGUCUGCAGUAUUUUCCGUCACUUACCCAUCUUCUGAUAUCUACCUAGUAGUAAAGAUUGAAAAAGUCCUUCAGCAAGGAGAAAUUGGAGACUGUGCCGAACCCUACAUGGUUCUAAAAGAAAGUGAGGGUGGGAAGAGCAAAGAAAAGGUUGAGAAACUGAAAGCCCAAGCUGAGUCCUUCUGUCAGCGUUUGGGGAGAUACCGGAUGCCUUUCGCCUGGGUUCCCAUAAGCUUAACCAAUUUCUUUAACUUUUCAACACUUGAAAGAGAAAUGUCUGAAACAGAAAGUUUAAAUGGGAAAGGAACUACUGGUGACAGAAGAACGACGAUGCUACAAGCUAGAAGACUUUCUGAGAGGAGCCUCAAUUCAGAGGACAAUUAUGCUGUGUCAAACUUCAAAGCGACCACUCUGACUGUCAACACCUUUAUAAAACAGGAAGGAGACCGACUUAGUGAUGAAGACCUAUUCAAAUUUUUAACUGACUUCAAGAGAUCUUCCUCCUUGCAGAGAAGAGUGAAGUCCAUCCCAGGAUCACUUAAAUUGGAGAUUUCCCCAGCUUCAGAAGUCCUCAGUUGCUGUCUCACCCCUGAAUUAUUACAAGUGAAACCAUUUCCUGAAAACCGCAGUCGUCCUCAGAAAGAGAUUUUGGAGUUCCCAGUUCGAGAAGUGUAUGUUCCCCACACUGUUUAUAGAAAUCUCCUUUAUGUUUACCCACAGAGGUUGAAUUUUGCUAAUCGACUGGCCUCUGCAAGGAACAUUACCAUUAAGAUUCAGUUUAUGUGUGGAGAAGACGCUACCUGUUCAAUGCCGAUCAUUUUUGGAAAGUCUUCAGGUCCAGAAUUUUUGCAAGAGAUGUACACAGCUGUCACAUAUCAUAACAAGUCUCCUGACUUUUAUGAAGAGGUGAAAAUUAAACUGCCAGCUAAACUCACAGAAAAACACCACCUACUGUUCACAUUCUACCAUAUCAGCUGUCAGCCAAAGCAAGGAGCAUGUGUAGAAACCCUCCUGGGAUAUUCAUGGCUGCCAAUUCUAUUAAAUGAUCGUCUCCAGACUGGACAUUAUUGUCUUCCUGUUGCCUUGGAUAAGUUGCCUUUAAACUAUUCAAUGCAUUCUCCAGAGAAAGUUCCAUCACAGUCACCUCCAAUUAAAUGGGUCGAAGGGCACAAGGGGGUGUUUAACGUAGAAGUGCAGGCUGUUUCAUCUGUUCACACUCAGGACAACCACCUGGAGAAAUUCUUCACUCUGUGUCAUUCUCUGGAAAGCCAAGUCACCUUCCCAAUUCGACUGAUGGAACAGAAGAUCACAGAGGCUACCCUGGAACACGAGUUAAAACUCAGCAUUAUUUGCCUGAAUUCCUCCCGCCUUGAGCCCCUGGUCUUGUUUUUACACUUGGUGCUGGAGAAACUGUUCCAGCUGGCUGUGAAGCCCAUGGUUAUAGCUGGUCAGACAGCCAAUUUCUCCCAGUUUGCCUUUGAAUCUGUGGUCGCAAUAGUGAACAGUCUUCACAACAGUAAAGAUCUGAGCAAGGACCAGCAUGGGAGGAACUGUCUCUUGGCAUCAUACGUCUACUAUGUGUUUCGCCUUCCAGAGCCUCAAAGAGAUAUUCCCAGACUAGGUGCAGCAGGAAGUGCCAAUUUGCCAGAAUCUCGUUAUUACACAUUUGGGCGCACCACAGCUGUGUCUGUUGGGUCCAGACUUCUCCAGAGCCGGGUAAUGAGCUGCAGCAAUCCAGAUAUUCAUGGUACACAGACUGCUACUGAUGAGGAAGUCAAAAAUAUCAUGUCAUCGAAGGUUGUAGAUCGCAGCUCCAGCCGGAUGUCUUUCUAUAUUGAAGCCACCAACGACACAUCAAAUGCGUCUGUAAGCCCAAGACCAUCCAAUAAAAAGCAUUUCCAUGAAGAGCUAGCACUGCAGAUGGUGGUCAGCACUGGGAUGGUGAGAGAAACCGUCUUCAAGUACGCCUGGUUCUUCUUUGAGCUGCUGAUAAAGAGCAUGGCUCAGUAUGUUCAUAACAUGGACAAGCAAGAUACUCUGCGAAGAAGUCGAUUUUCAGAUCGUUUCAAAGAUGACAUCACCACUAUCGUCAACGUGGUCACCUCGGAGAUCGCAGCACUUUUAGUUAAAGCACAGAAGGAAACUGAACAUGCAGAAAAGAUCAACAUUAGCUUGGCAUUUUUCCUGUACGACCUGCUUUCUCUAAUGGACCGUGGGUUCGUGUUUAACCUCAUCAGACAUUACUGUAAUCAGCUGUCAAACAAGCUUAAUACCCUCCCCACCCUAAUUUCCAUGAGGCUGGAGUUCCUAAGGAUUCUCUGCAGCCAUGAACAUUACCUCAAUCUGAAUCUCUUCUUCAUGACUUCAGUGUCUGCACCAGCAUCCCCCUCUCCCUCUCUGUCAUCACAGAAUUCAAGCUCCUGCUCUAGUUUCCAGGAUCAGAAAAUUGCCAGCAUGUUUGACCUUUCGGCAGAUUAUCGUCAGCAGCACUUUUUGGCUGGACUGCUUUUCACUGAAUUGGCAGCUGCACUGGACACGGAGGCAGAAGGAAUCAGUAAAGUGCAGAGGAAAGCGAUCAGUGCUGUGCACAGCCUGCUGAGUUCCCAUGACCUAGACCAGCGCUGCUUAAAACCAGAGGUGAAGGUCAAAAUUGCUGCCCUUUACCUCCCUUUGGUUGGGAUCAUUUUGGAUGCACUGCCACAGCUGUAUGACUUUACAGUUUCAGAAGCCCGCAGUGGGAAAGGUCGUACAGGGAGUCCAGAUGAAGACCAAGAAUCUACAAACGCAAUCAAUCAGUCUGUUGCCUGGGCCAUAGCUGGGAAUCAGUUCAACCUCAUAAGGUCUUCAGGUGCACCUCUGUCUUCACUGCCCUACAAACAGUACAACACAUUAAGUCCUGAUACUACUCGCAACCUUUUGAUCUGUUUCCUCUGGAUCAUGAAAAAUGCUGAACAGAGUCUUAUUCGGAAAUGGAUUGCAGACCUUCCAUCCAUGCAGCUGAACAGAAUUUUAGAUCUUCUUUUCAUUUGCGUUUCAUGCUUUGAGUACAAGGGCAAACAAAGCUCUGACAAAGUCAGCACCCAAGUGCUUCAGAAAUCAAGAGAUGUAAAAGCCAGGUUAGAAGAGGCUUUACUGAGAGGCGAAGGAGCCAGGGGUGAAAUGAUGAAACGCUGCAGGACACCAGCUGGGAAUGACAGAUUCCCAGGGUUAAAUGAAAACCUACGAUGGAGAAAAGAGCAGACUCAAUGGCGGCAGGCAAAUGAGAGGCUAGAUAAAACAAAAGCUGAGCUAGAUCAAGAAGCUCUGAUCAGUGGAAACCUGGCUACGGAAGCUAAUUUGAUCAUCCUAGAUAUGCAGGAGAAUAUCAUCCAGGCGAGCUCGGCUGUAGACUGCAAAGAUAACCUUUUGGGAGGUGUGCUGAAGGUCCUGGUAAAUUCUCUCAGCUGUGAUCAGAGCACCACGUACCUGACUCAUUGCUUUGCCACACUCAGAGCGCUCAUUGCCAAGUUUGGAGACUUGCUGUUUGAAGAGGAGAUGGAGCAGUGUGCUGACCUGUGUCAAAGAGUUCUACAUCACUGCAGCAGCAGCAUAGACAUCACCCGAAUUCAAGCCUGUGCUACCCUUUACCUCCUCAUGAGACACAGUUUCAGCUCCAUCAGUAAUUUUGCAAGAGUGAAGAUGCAGGUAACAAUGUCCCUGGCCUCUCUGGUUGGUAAAUCAUCGGAUUUCAAUGAGGAGUACCUCAGAAGAUCCUUACGAACCAUCUUGGCAUAUGCAGAAGAAGAUAUGGACAUGCAGCCAACCCUGUUUCCAGUCCAGGUGAAGGAGCUGCUACGUAAUCUGAACAGUAUCUUGUCAGACACAGUGAAAAUGAGGGAGUUUCAGGAAGAUCCAGAGAUGCUCAUGGAUCUCAUGUACAGAAUUGCCAAAGGGUAUCAGACAUCACCUGACUUGAGGCUGACUUGGCUACAGAACAUGGCAGAGAAACACGCCAAGAAGAAGUGCUACACUGAGGCAGCCAUGUGCCUGGUCCAUGCUGCAGCUCUGGUUGCGGAAUACCUGAGCAUGCUAGAGGAUCACAAGUACCUGCCAGUGGGCAGCGUCAGCUUUCAGAAUAUUUCCUCCAAUGUGCUGGAGGAAUCUGCUGUUUCGGAUGAUAUUUUGUCUCCAGAUGAGGAUGGGAUAUGUUCUGGGAGGUAUUUCUCUGAGAGCGGCCUGGUGGGGCUGCUGGAACAAGCUGCAGAGCUCUUCAGCACGGGGGGAUUGUACGAAACUGUGAACGAGGUCUACAAAAUUGUCAUCCCCAUACUGGAAGCACAUCGAGACUUCAGGAAGCUUACCUCUACUCACAGCAAGCUUCAAAAAGCCUUCGACAGCAUUAUUAACAAGGGUCAAAAGCGAAUGUUUGGAACUUACUUCCGUGUUGGUUUCUAUGGAUCCAAAUUUGGGGACUUAGAUGAACAGGAAUUUGUUUAUAAAGAGCCUGCAAUUACUAAACUUCCUGAGAUUUCUCACAGACUCGAGGGGUUUUAUGGUCAGUGCUUUGGAGAGGAUGCUGUGGAGGUGAUUAAAGACUCCACUCCUGUAGACAGAAGCAAGCUGCAUCCCAAUAAGGCCUACAUACAAAUUACAUUUGUGGAGCCCUAUUUCGAUGAGUAUGAGAUGAAAGACAGGGUGACCUACUUUGAGAAGAACUUCAGCCUCCGGCGUUUCAUGUACACCACCCCUUUCACCCUGGAUGGACGCCCCAGGGGUGAUCUGCGUGAACAGUACAAGAGGAAUACCAUCCUGACCACAAUGCAUGCUUUCCCCUAUGUCAAAACCAGAAUCAACGUCAUUCAAAAGGAAGAGUUCAUUUUAACCCCAAUUGAAGUUGCUAUUGAAGACAUGCAGAAGAAGACACUAGAACUGGCUGUUGCAACCAACCAGGAGCCACCAGAUGCCAAAAUGCUCCAGAUGGUGCUGCAGGGUUCUGUUGGAGCCACAGUAAAUCAGGGACCACUAGAGGUAGCCCAGGUGUUCCUGGCGGAAAUUCCAGCAGACCCAAAACUUUACCGACAUCACAACAAGCUGAGAUUAUGCUUCAAAGAAUUUAUAAUGAGAUGUGGUGAAGCAGUGGAGAAAAACAAGCGCCUUAUUACUGCAGAUCAGCGGGAGUAUCAGCUGGAACUCAAAAAGAACUAUAACAAGCUGAAAGAGAACCUUAGGCCAAUGAUUGAGAGGAAAAUCCCAGAGCUGUAUAAACCUAUAGUGAAAGUCCACAGUACAACAAGGGAUUCUUUUCGUAACUCUAGUUUUAAGAAAUACGAAGCCCUCUCUUCACAGAACAUCUAA